UAAAAAUUUCUCCUAGGAGAGUAAAGAAUAAUUAUUUUGUCUCCGUCGGGCACCCGCCCCGGAUGUAGGGGCGGGGGGGCGGGCGAGGCGCGCAGUUCAGUUGCGGCGGGCGGCGAUGGCGGCGGCGCGGUGGCGGGCGGCUGCCGCGCUGUACGGGCAGCUGCGCCGAAUAUAUGAAGAAGCGGGGAGAAGCACCCCUGAACAUCCGUAUCUCUUCGAGACUGAUGUAGAGAUCUGUUUGAUUGGUGGUAGUCACAAAAGUCCCAUCAGAGGAUUUUGGAAUGGAAAAAGUAUGAUAUAUAUUUUGCAGAAAGCAAGACACAAUGAAGAAGGUGACCCAAUGGAAAAAUCAAAAACUGAUGAUGCUAUUUAUGCUUCUGAGCUUUCACCAAAGGAGAGUUCUGGGCCAGUGGCUCUUUCUGUCAGCAGAGCAAAGCAGUUGAUUUCAUUAUAUACAAUGGCACAAAAUCCAAAUAUGACGCACUUGCAGAUAGGUGAACUGGUUGUGCUCCCUCCCCUCUGGAUAAGGUGUGAUGGUUCUGAUCCUGAACAUACUUGUUGGCUUGGAGCUGAACCUCUGAAAGCUGGAAACAAAAUCACAGGGAUCAAUCUGUAUAUGGUUACAUGUGAUAGUCCUACAGCUAAUAAAACCAAUUUUGCAAACCUGGAAGAGCUCAAAAUGGCACAUAAAAUGACCCAUCACACAUCUAAUGUGAUGACAAAAGGUUUUGUUCAGUAUGAACUUAGUAGAGCUGCUGCAGUAGGGGACACAAUUGUACGAUAUGAAAGGAAUAUAUAUGUUGAUAUUACCUGGAAUCCUAUAGAUAAGAUUCUGCAGACACCCCCGCUAAUUUCAGCUGCCACACUGAAUAUUGCAGUGGAGUCCGGGGACCCCCGAAGUCCUGUAUAUCAGCUAUAUAAGGAACUGCAGUUUCUUCUUGCUUUGGCCGAGGGUUUGAAGACAGGUGUGACUGAGUGGCCUCAGCCCUUACAGUCCGAUUCAGCUGUCAAACUGGUACAGGAAUUUCUGACUGAUCUAAAGAAGAAGCUGGAUGGAUAUUGUAUAUCUGGGAACAAGAAUGAAACGGAGAAAAUCAAAUGUGACACAGCUGCGGUGGACAGUUCAAUAAAAUCAGUCUUCAGUGAGCGAGAAGACCUGGAUUUUGCUGAACAAUUAUGGUGCAAAAUGAGAAGUGUCAGUUCCUAUCAAGAGUUGAUAGAUUGUUUCACACUGAUCAUAAAAUCCCUGGAACAUGGUGAGAUGCAGCCGUGGAUUCAUCAAGGGAGUAGCAGUUUGCUAAGUAAAUUGAUUCAGCAGUCUUAUCAUGGAAAGAUGGAGGUCAUUUCCCUCGAUGGCAUCACUCCAGUUCAAAUGCUCCUGGAGAUUGGUUUGGAUAAGGUGAAGAAGGAUUAUGUCAAUUUUUUCGUCGGCCAGGAACUUGCAACAUUAACCUACUUGGAUUACUUCAUUUCCACAUCAGUAGAUCUACAAGAACAAGUUCAUCGUGUUCAAAAGCUUCACCAUAUGCUGGAAAUAAUGCUCAGCUGUACAGUCUUACUUGAGUUUAAACAUGAGAACCUCUUCCCUUUGACACAAAUUUGCAUAAAGUAUUAUAAGGAAAACCCUCUGAAUGAGAAACAUGUAUUUCAACUGCCGAUCAGACCAGCUCUUGUCAAGAAAUUCUAUCGCAAUGAUCAACCAGAAGUAUGGAAGGUGGACAUAAGUAGUGGGCAUGGACUGCAGAAGGUUAGAACAACAUGGCAAGUUAGUACUAAUCCUCCAGCUGAACAUAAGCUAUCAAACAAUACAGGUCUCUUUUCUGAUUCCACGGUUAAAGAAAGCAGUGAAGAAAAAAUGUAUUUUAUUACAAUGGCUAAGUGCAGUCAGGUGCAUUUCACAUAAUGCAUGUUACUCUGCAGGCAGGCACUUGAAAGGUACAGUAAAGGGGAAGGUUCAGUAUUGUCUGUGUCCCAACAGUAUAUUUAGGAACACCCUGUGACUGGAAGAGCAAUGUAUCUUUUAAAAAGAGUUACUUGCUUUAGUAUGCUUGAAGUGUAACAUAAAUAGCCAUAGUUCAUCCGUACGCACCUAGUUUGUUUAUAAAGGUUGUGCAAUUAUAACUGUACAGUAUAAUUAUCCUGAAAAUACAGUAGAUAUUUUUGUUCAUAUAUUUACAAUCAUUCAAUAAAGUUCUGCACUUUGGGGUUUAAA